AUGCCUCCGGAAAGGUGCGUUUGCGCAACCAUCUUAGUUUCAAGUGAAAGAGCUUACACUAACCGAAUUCAGAGAACCGCGGCAAGAUUAAUUGAAGAAAACCUCCAGCAAAGGUUUUCUAAAAGACGCUUACUUCAACUGACUACUAUAGACAUGGAACAAUACAGUUCAAGCAGUAUCACCAACUACUCAGACGACUGGCUCACUCCCACAAGGUACAAUUUCACUGAGAUAAAGCAAGACAUCCAAAGGUAUAUUACAGCCAGAACGGAUGUCAUCGUAUUAUAUGGUUAUUAUGCAUUAUAUGACAAGGAAAUAAGGGAAAUGGGGACGGUUAAGGUUUUCAUAGAUAGUGACCCAGAUGUACGGCUGACUCGAUGGAUAAUGCGAGAUGUCACUGAACCAAUCAAGUCCAAUCCAGAGUUGCGGGCGAAGGAGGCUAAAAUGCUCGAAGCAUUGUUGAAAUAUUAUCUGGACUUUGCAAGGGUUGAAAUGAACGAGUUCAUUUUCCCUACCAAACAGUACUCUGACGUGAUUUUGCCGAGGGGACCAGAAGAAAGUGGCAUAUCUCUAAUUGGUGAUGGUUUAUACCCUCUCAUCCAGUUGAACGAUAGCGGUGAGUUUGGUGACUCUGACAGUAGUCAGAGAUCGCCAACUUUCAGCAGAAGUGAUACUACAACUUCUAUGGUUGCUCUGUCCAACAGUUACGAUGGGCAGGGGAGGUUCAUUGAUGCCAGUUGA